GCCAGAAGCAGUACCUCAGGGUGCAGGUGUGGCCAGCAGAGCUGGAUGGCGGUGGCUGAGGCCAGCUCAGAGCCAGCUCCUGAGCUGGAGACCCAGCUUAGACCCAGGUCAGGCCCAGCUCCUGGAGGAGAGUGGCAGCAGGGCCGGGGACAGCAAACUCCUGUCAGGAACCUGGCACACCACAGGGCCAAGAACUGCGACUGGAGCUGGGUCCAGUUCUUCCUUUUGGGAAGGGAAAGGCUUUCCUCAGGGCACAGCCUAUUGCUGCCUGGAAAAGGGGUAGGCGUGCGCCUCAGGCGGGGGGUCAGGCUGUGUGUGGGAACCAGCAAGCUCCUCCAAGAGCAGCACUUAUUUUUAGUCUUCUCCCCAGUCCCAAAUAAACGGAGAGCAGCUGGGAGCCGGUGGGUAAGCGCAGAGUGAAGCCGAGACAGGAAAUCGGGGCUCUCAGUAAUGAGUUCCAGCCACUCCGGCAGGGCGAAGCCAGACAAGGAAUUUUCUUCAGGACUCUUUCCUUCUGGCAGGCUCUGGUAUUAUCACAGAGGGAAACAUUUGUGUGUGUGUGUGUGUUGUGUGUGUGUGUACACAUACAAGUUUCUCCCUCUGCCUUCUUAGAUCUGAUUGUUCCACGGGACUCUGAAUCCCAGUCCCUGGGUGUGUGUGUGUACGCGCGUGCCUGUGGGGGCGGUGGGGGAGGACAGCAGAGCGGCUCCGGCUGUCUGAGCCCUUGUGUAUGUGAAACUGUUUAGGGAAAGGCUGAAGGACACAGGCCAGGGAAGUGGGGAAACUUGAACACAGCCUCGCGUUCCUGAGGGGGGAGGGGGUAGCGGCAAGGAAGAGGAGAGAACUUGGUCUCCAGCCAGAACAAGGGCCUUUUCCACCACGGCAUCUAACUGCUGACAUGGGUGCCCAGCAUGGAUGGAGACAUUGAUGUUUACAAGCAUUUCUCCUGGCUGAAGAGGGUGAAUCAUCACAGUGCUGCUAGUAAUGAAACUUACCAGGAGCGCUUGGCACGUCUAGAGGGAGAUAAGGAGUCCCUCAUAUUACAGGUGAGCGUCCUCACAGACCAAGUGGAAGCCCAAGGAGAGAAGAUUCGGGACCUGGAAGUGUGUCUGGAAGGACAUCAGGUGAAACUCAAUGCUGCUGAAGAAAUGCUUCAACAGGAGCUGCUAAGUCGCACAUCUCUUGAGACCCAGAAGCUCGAUUUGAUGACCGAAGUUUCUGAGCUGAAGCUCAAGCUGGUUGGCAUGGAGAAGGAGCAGAGAGAGCAAGAGGAGAAACAAAGAAAAGCAGAGUCCAUUCUGAAUGUGAUCAGUGAGCUGCAGGAGCAGAUGUGUAGGCUACAGCUGGACAUCCACAGGCAGAUUCAAGAGCGCCUGUUACUCAGUAGGGAUAACUCAGAGAAGGCAGCGGCUGGUGACAGUGCAGCUGAACCCCAGCCGUGCAGCCAGGACUGUGCCCCUCAGGAGGGGUCACCUGAGUUACUGCAAGAACUCCGACACCUCAAAAUCAAGGUAGAAGAGUUGGAGAACGAACGGAAUCAAUAUGAGUGGAAGCUAAAGGCCACUAAGGCCGAGGUAGCACAGCUGCAAGAACAGGUGGCCCUUAAGGAUGCAGAAAUUGAACGUUUGCAUAGCCAGCUCUCCCGUGCUGCAGCUCUCCAUGGUGAACAUGCAGAGAGAGACCAAGAAAUUCAGCGACUGAAAAUGGGGAUGGAAACUUUGCUUGUUGCUAAUGAAGAUAAGGAUCGUCGGAUAGAAGAACUCACUGGGCUUUUGAACCAGUACCGAAGGGUGAAGGAGAUUGUGAUGGCGACUCAAGGGCCCUCAGAGAGAACUCUGUCCAUCAAUGAAGAAGAUAUGGAAGGCAGUUUCAGAAAGUGGAACACCACAAAUAGAGACCCUGAAGAAUUAUUUAAACAUGAGAUCUCGCCAAGAUGUAGCUCUCCCACAGUGGGGCCGCCUCCACUUCCACAGAAAUCACUGGAAACCAGGUCUCAGAAGAAACUCUCCUGUAGCCUAGAAGACUUGAGAAGUGAAUCUGUGGAUAAGAGUGUCAAUGGGAACCAGCUCUCCCCGGUGUCAGGAUCCAAGGACAACCCUCUUGUGUCAGACCACAAGUAUCCAACGUUACCUGGGAAGCAUUCAGGAGCCACCACCAAUGGAGAGGCCACCAAGUCUAAUCCUACUGCCUCCCAGCCUGAUGCCACCGGGAGCACCCUGCUGAGGUUGAAUCGUGGCAGGAGUGCCAGUGCCCCCGUAUUAGGAGACACAGAAAGUGGUUGGGAUGACACUGCCAUGGCCAAUGACCUCUCAUCUACAUCAUCGGGUACUGAGUCAGGACCCCAGUCUCCCUUGACACCUGAUGGUAAACGGAGCCCCAAAGGCAUCAAGAAAUUCUGGGGAAAAAUCCGAAGAACUCAAUCAGGAAAUUUCAACACCGAUGCACCAGGGGUGGCAGAGUUUCGACGAGGUGGGCUUCGAGCAACUGCGGGGCCGAGGCUGUCUAGGACCAGAGACUCCAAGGGACAAAAAAGUGAUGCCAACGCCCCCUUUGCCCAGUGGAGCACGGAGCGAGUGUGUGCAUGGCUGGAGGACUUUGGCCUGGCACAGUAUGUGAUCUUUGCCAGGCAGUGGGUGACUUCUGGCCACACCCUGCUGACAGCUACGCCUCAGGACAUGGAAAAGGAGCUGGGAAUUAAACACCCACUUCACAGGAAGAAACUGAUACUGGCGGUGAAAGCCAUCAACACCAAGCAGGAGGAGAAUUCUGCCCUGCUGGACCACAUCUGGGUGACACGAUGGCUUGAUGACAUAGGCUUGCCCCAGUACAAAGACCAGUUUCAUGAAUCCAGAGUUGAUGGACGGAUGCUGCAAUAUCUAACUGUGAAUGAUCUACUCUUCCUAAAAGUCACUAGCCAACUGCAUCAUCUCAGCAUAAAAUGUGCCAUUCAUGUGCUGCAUGUCAACAAGUUCAACCCCCACUGCCUGCACCGGCGGCCAGCAGAUGAGAGUAACCUCUCUCCUUCAGAAGUUGUACAGUGGUCCAACCACAGGGUGAUGGAGUGGUUGCGAUCAGUGGACCUGGCAGAGUAUGCCCCCAACCUUCGAGGGAGUGGCGUCCAUGGCGGUCUCAUUAUCCUGGAGCCACGUUUCACGGGAGACACUCUGGCUAUGCUUCUCAAUAUCCCGCCACAAAAGACGCUUCUUAGGCGCCACCUGACCACCAAAUUCAAUGCCCUGAUUGGUCCUGAGGCUGAACAGGAAAAACGAGAGAAAAUGUCCUCUCCAGCUUACACACCACUGACCACCACAGCCAAAGUCCGGCCAAAGAAACUAGGAUUUUCACAUUUUGGAAACAUAAGAAAGAAGAAGUUUGAUGAAUCAACAGACUACAUUUGCCCAAUGGAGCCCAGCGAUGGUGUCGGUGACAGUCACAGAGUCUACGGAGGCUACCGGGGCCUCAGCCCCCUUGAUUCCCCUGAGCUGGAUGGGCUGGACCAGAUGGCACCAUCGGAAGGCACUGUGACGCAGAUAGGGCUUCUCUCCCAAGACAUUCACCGUCUUACGACCCUGCUGAGCCAGGACCAGCUGCUCAACGACUCUCGCCUGGCUGCUGUGGACGCUGAUGAGUGGAGAUGACUUCCCUCGUGGCUGAGCGCCCAGAGAGGCACGUGCAGGGCCCUGCAACUUGGCUUCCUUGGGGAGCUGGCAUGCAGCCACCCUAAGAGCCUGGACUGGGGCUGGCCAGAGCUCUCAGAUGAGAUGCCCCUCUCAGGGUGAAGCAGAGCUGCAGGUGUCCAGGAGGUGGCCCGGUGGCCCUGUGUUUGCAACUGCGCAGCGCUCCUCCUGUGGCUUUUAUACUUUUUGUACUUUUAUAUGUAGAGCGUGGCCCGUGUUUGCAGGAAGGACAAGGAGCUGGCAGCACAGACUCAGUGGCUUCUUCCCUUCCCAGAGACAGCCAGGAGGCUCUUAGCCCAGAGGGGAGGAAGUGUGAGUUCAUAAAGUCUCUGUUGGAAAUUAACGUUCUGACGUGCUGCAGUGACUGCGCUGGGGCAAAUGACGGAGCUCUCCGGGGCUGCCUCGUGCCAGGCUGUUUCCAUUCACAAAGCUUGGCACCCUCAGGGUAUUUAGGGUGAGAGCAGGCAAGGCGCGGUACAGUUCCUUGCAUGCUGCCCUGGCUUCCCUCAUCUGCAGUACAUAUGUGCAGGGCCCCCUAGCACCCCACCACACAGAUGCACACAGCUGACAAACACACACAGCACACGCAGUUUCCCAGGCCUGCCCUUCAUAGCUAGCUGCUGGUGUAGCAUCUGGUUAAACAGUUCCCCCUAGUGGAAAACCUAAGCCUUAAGGGGAAACCCAACCUCAACACAUUGGCAUAGCAACUCAGCCUCUUCACAAACGUGUUUCUUCUCUGGGUCUCCUACCUGAGAGGCACUGCCACGCCCUCAGUGUUCUCUCCCCUUCUUCUCCCUGAGCCCCUAUGACAGAUGUAGUUCCAGUGUCCUCUUUCACCUGCUUGCUGAGCUGGUCUCCUUCAUGGUCCUCCACCUUCUAGCUGGUCCGCUCCAGGCAUUCCCACCAGGGUGACCUUCCCACAGCACUGUUUCAUUUCACAGGUACAGACUAAACAGAGCUAGAGUCCAAGGUCCUUCACCCUCAGCAGCCUUACCAAACCCACUGUACAGUCUUAGCAUCCACAGGUAUUUCCUGUCUGUCAAGGUCCAGGGUAGAGUCUACCUCUUUGGGGCAGUCUAUACUCAAGUUCCAG